AUGGCGAUGGCUUCCAGAGGUAUGAGCUUCGGUCUUUCGUCUUUCGUUCAAGGAGCUUGUAGAACUUGCAAGGUUAGCUUCUAAUUUUAUGGUUUAGAAUGUUUAUCUGUUAUUUUUGCAGAGGGAGCCUUUAUUUUGUUAGUUAGUGGCAUUUUCUACUCUGUCGUGUGAGACUGCACGUUGCUCAUGCAUACAAAUGAACUUGGCUAUAAGCUUAUUUAAGCUCAACUAUUUUUAAAACCAAUCUCCAGAAAUCUGAGAAGUUUCUGAGCAAGUCGCCUAAUAAUUACUGGUUUUGUUUUGGUUACUCGAAAGCUGAAUCUUUAAAGGGACACCCAGAGUUCUAAUUAAAAUAAAUAAAUAAUAACAAUAAUUCUUUAAUUUGCUCUCAGCCGGGCACUUUCGGUUCAUUGCGUUACCUUUUGCUAUUCAGCCAGAUGGGAAUGCCUAUUUUGUCUAAUCGAUUUCAGCCAAAUCAGAUUGCGUAACUGGAAGUCCUUGUUCAGGCUCACGCUGUAUUUUGUCUUUUUAUUCCCUUGAUAACUGCUAUUUCUUAUGGACAAAUUAUUGAUCUUGAAUGCAAUAUAGCUUGUCACGUAGAUAAGCAAAAACGCUGCAUCUCACAAGAAUCACAUUUUAGUCUCAGCAACUUAGUAGUGUAUUGCCAGCAAAAAAGUUAUGCAUCAGUCAAUUCCAGCUUCGCCCAUCCCCUUCCCCCAGCUUAUUAAAUGUUGGGCAUUUGCAUAGCAGCCUUUUUAGUCCUGGGAUGGGGCAUUAGCAAAUAGACCUAUUCGGCUAACUCAGUGUUGUACCCAAUUCAAAUCUCCCGGGGAUAAGAUUCUUUGUGUCUUGUAUUUGCAUUAUAAUGUGGCAUUCACAUUUAAAUGAUAUGGAAAUUCCUGAAACAAAACCUUUUAUUCCCAAAGGGUUUGAAUUGGAUACAACAUUGAGUUAGCCUAAUAGGUCUAUUUUCUGUGACCUGGGUAUCGGGGCCACCCCCAAGCUUUUCUUACACGUUUGGUUUCUGAAUCAAAAUCCAAACAUAGAAAAAGUUAAGAAAUUUACAGGAAAAGACAAGCAGAUUGGCUUGUUUGCAAAGGACAUGAAAAAAAAAAGAAGAAAAAGUGUGAAGCUGGCUACCAGCUUAUUCCAUUAUAUGAAAAAGACCAUAUCUUCAGCUCAAAUUUCUCUGGAAAACAAAGCCUUGUGUUAAUUUUACGGUGCAGUUCAGUAAACAAAUUAACUGAAUUGACUUGGCUUUUCCUCAGCUACGUCCCUAUAUCUGCCACUGUGAGUAAACACAAGGUCAUAGGAUUUCCCAACAUCAGUGGUAGAACUACGUAACUUCUUUCUAUAACUGAACAGUAAGAGUGAAAUGGUUAAAUAUCUCCACACUGGUCAACAGUAGGUUCCUGACCCACAAUUAAUUCUUUACGAUGAUCAGCAUCUAAGUAAACAUAACAACAACAAUUACUGACUGCUAAGCAAAUUGUCUAUAUCUAUACCAUACUAACUGCAUACAGUAUAGAAGACUGUUUGGAGAAUAAUGCAUAAUCCACGUGCUAAUAGAAGGGUGUAGAAGGUUAACGACAGAUUGAUAACAUUCUUAGUCUUUAUUGUAUACUGUUGAUGUGAUUUUUUCCACAGCAAAGAACAUAUCUUUUCAAUGGAUAUCAGCAGGCAUGCUUUAGAGGUUUGCAGACCUCAAGUAUUAGCAGAGAAAAGGUGUGCAGUUUAUUGAAUUUCCAUUUUCUGUGAUAACUACACUGUACGUAAACACUUCAAAGUCACAAAAAAAUGUUUUAUAAGAGCCUUUAUUCUGAUUGGUUUGUAGUCUUAGAUUACAUGUGGCGGCAUCUGUGGCCGAGUGGUUAACACCUUGAACUCCGCAUCUCGAGGUCCGGGGUUCAAUCCUCGCCCAUCACAUUGUUUCCUUAGGCACAGAACUCUACUCCGUUUUGCCUCUCUUCACGCAGGUGUAUAAAUGGGUAUCAGCGACAUACUGCUGGGGGGUAACCCUGCAAUGGACUAGCAUCUCAUCCGGGGGGAGUAGCAUUACUUGUAGGUGCUUCAUGCUAGAGCCAUCCUCUUUUUUUCCUCCGUUUAGCGUCGCCUGACUGACCCAAAUUUUUGGCAUUUUUCAAAAAAGAAAAAAAAUUUACUACGUAGUUAAACCAUUUAUCACUUGAAAUAAUUCUUUUAAUCUGAAAAUGAGCGUAGUAACAGCAUAGAGAAAAACAGGAACAAAGACAGGAACAUUUUUUUUACAGUAUAUUGUUCGUUUUGUUAAUCCAGAUAUAUAUGAAUGUUAACUUUUAAUGUCAUCCUGGGGUCCCAGGGCCUCCUAUUCCGAGACUUCUUGUGUUUUUUUUUUUUAGAUUUUUUUUUUCAAUCCGACCGACCGACCCAAUAGCAGAAAACGCAUUCAACGCUAAACAAACAAAAAAGGGGAUGGCCUAACGAAACUGGGAUAAGCAUGGGCCGUUUGAGCCUUUGGCUCAUGUGCGCCUAUACCUUUUUACCUUGGAUUACAUGUCACUCUGAAAAAUUAUGUUAAUGUCAAAAUUUUUCUCAUGGUGCCAUUUUUAUCAUUACAAAAGUUAAAACAAAAUAUUGAUAAAUGAAUGGUAGAGUAAAAACCCUCAUAACUUGAACCUGCUUACAUGCUUAUUCAAGGUACCAGCUACCCCUUUAUUGUCUCUGAUUUUGUUUUUCAGCUGUUCGAUAAAGUUUUGAUAGCUAACAGAGGAGAGAUAGCAUGCAGGGUAAGAUAAUUUGUACUAUCGACAGUAUAUUAAUAAAUAUGACUGUGAAGAUCAAUUCACUGUAUAUCAUUUUUUUAUCGUUUUCAGGUGAUGAAAACAUGCAAGCGUCUUGGAAUCAAAACUGUAGCAAUAUACAGUGAAGCUGAUGCCAGUGCGGUAUGUUUUGAUAAGUUUUUGAGAAUAUUAAGUUGCUGGAGUUAUUCACACUGUGCUUGUCAAAAUGUUAAAUAAAUGUUCAGUCUAUUCUUGUCUUAUAAAAUCUGCAUUAGAACAUGCAGGCAGCACCUUACUGCUCAUAUUAUCAACAAGGAAAAAGUAGUACAGAAGUGCAGUUAGUGCUCUUAAGUUCUUACGAACAAGCGCAGGCUUUGGAAAGUGUCCCAGACGUUACCAUCAUUUGCACUGGCCUGGGUUUUUCCAGGUAAUCGGCCCACCCACAUCUCCAUAAAAGUCAAGCAGUUAACUUCUCUUCAAUGUCUUGAUGAGAUCUACAAAUGUAAAUGUUUUUAUUAUUAUUAUUGUAAAACGGCUCUUAAAAUUUUGGCAUUAAAAUUGUUCAUGAGAUUUGCUAAGUUAAGUAUGUCCCAAUUUAGUUGAACACAGAUUGUAAGAUAUAAAGCAGACUUACCUGCCAAGCCUUUCUCUUUCACCUGUCGUAUUCUAAGCACCAGCAUUAACUUUGCAUGUAACUUAUUUUCCAGCUUCACGUAAAAAUGGCUGACGAGUCAUUUUGUGUUGGUCCACCACCAACAAAUCAAAGCUACCUGAACAUGGAUGCCAUUAUGGAAGCAAUCAACAUAACUGGGGCACAAGCAGUGAGUAUUUAUGACUACCUAUUCCGGCAUUUAUUUUGUUUUUUUUUCCUCAAUUUUAUUCAGGCAACUCUUCAUCAUGUUUUUUCCAACCUUCUUUAUAUGUAGAUGAACUGUUCUGGGGUUGAAUCUUAAGAACCUUGAAUGUUCAAGUUAAAAAAGAAAAAGAAAAUUUCAUUGUUAACUGAUUGCGUCCUCCAUAACACAAAAAAUUAGGCAUUUUCACAUCAUGGGCUUUCACUGAAGGCAAAGAGAUGUGCCAAAAAAGUGUGGUACUUGAACAGAGUUGUUGUUUGGGUUAUUAAAUCUGUUGAGUUAUUGAUGUACUUGAUGCCUUCACCACCUGGAUGCACUGGAUAUUCUGCUAUUCUAAGAGCAUUUUACAUUACAUGUAUUUUGUUGAGCUUGUUACAGUUAUGCCCAAAAAAAAUGCCUCUCUCUUUCAACUCCUCCUAUCUUUUAAACACUCCUUCCUGGGCCCUUAAAAUUAAAUAUAACGCUCCAGUUGUCUAUUAGAUCAUUUACGUUUACAAUGAAGUUUUGACACUAAAGGAUCAGACAGACUUCUUAAAGUGAUGCAUUUUUUUUCAGGUCCAUCCAGGAUAUGGCUUUCUAUCAGAAAACAGCAAGUUUGUGGCUAGAUUGGUGAAUAAUUUUUUUUCUGUCAUAUAGUGUAUCUUUUUCCUUUAGUGUAUCUUUCACAUGAUGUAGAACCAGUUUAAAAAGUGGUUAAAAACGAAAUGAUACUUUAAACAGUUCUGACUGACUGACUGACUGACUAACUGAUUGACAGACUGGCUGAAUGACUGACUGCCCGACUGGCUAAUGACUGACUGACUGACUGACUAGCUGACUUACUGGCUAAUUGAUUAACUGACUGAAUGACUUACUGACUGAAUGAAUGACUGACUGACUGACAAACUGACUGAUUGACUGGCUGACUGACUGUUUGACUGGCUGAUUGACAGACUGACUGACUGACUGAAUGACUGACUGCCUGACUGUCUCACUGAAUAACUGGGGGAGGGGGUCUAGUUACACACUGGUCACAUGAAAUAUGAAUCACUAAUCCCCAUGCAUUUUCUAAAAGAAUAAAUUGAGAUAUUUUAAUAUGAGGUCAAAGCAUUUUUCCUCUGGGGAUCAAUUUAUUAAUUCUCAUAUCUUUUUCUCUUGAUUAUGUGUUGUUGUUGUUAAGAGAAAAUAUGAUAGUCACUGCUGACACUAAAAUGGUUAACUGUCUAAGUCCAGAAAUCUUCUUUUUCUCCAUGUAAGUUUCUAACUCUUCAUAACAUUUGGUUACACAAAAGCAUCAGGGUGCAUAGAAAGUCAGUUUUACAGAUUGUCAGUCGGGCAAGCUGUAGCUAGAUUUUACUUGCCCAAAAGUCAUUUCAAGUAGCCCGAAAAAAAAUUUUGAUGAACACUGGUUACAGUUCUUCUGUAAUUUGAAUUCCCCCAAAAAACUUCGUUUGCCCAUCGGGCAAGUUAAGAAUAGAAAUCACUAGCCCGGCAGGCCCAGGCAAUUGGACACCAUUUUCUUUGCACACUGAGCAUACUCUUCUGUUUAUUUUUAACAACAGGAAAAGGCUGGUGUGAAAUUCAUUGGUCCCAAUGCUGCUGCAAUGCAAGCAAUGGGAGAUAAAAUUCAAAGCAAACUGAUUGGCAAGAAGGCUGGUGUCAGCAUCAUCCCUGGAUUUGAAGGAGUUGUUAAGGCAAGUGGGCUGCAAGACAUUUUAUUUAAUUAAUCAUGCACUUUAAGCUAUAAAUCCAAGUUUUUGUUUAUCAUAAAAUUUAAUUAUAAUGAACAAUAAGGAAUUAAAAAAAUAAAAUAACGAAGAUUUUCGCAUGAGAGGUCACAUAUAACAUAACUGUUAACAAAGCCAAUGCUAGAACAGCCAGUGAGUGAACAAACCAGUAUUGUUAAAAAUCAACUAUCUUUUCAUUUAUAAAUUUAAAAAAAGGAAUGCUCCUCUUUUGAUGGUGCUACUGGAGGAUAAGCGUAGUUUUAGGUAAGGAAAACUACGGCUUUUGUUACAAGUCAAGCUCAGUCAUUAAUCUUUAUUUAUACACGAUAAGUAUUUAAAGCGACGCUUUGCUUGUGGGGUCGUGAAAGCUGGCUUCUUAACUCAACUGCAUCUUCAAAAUUACCACACGUCUUUGCUUUCCAAGCAAUUUUAAGCUGUAAUUAGGUCUUUUUCAGCUGGUGAACUAAACCAGCAGCCCACUUAUUUCAACAUUAUUCCUGGGUAAGGGUGAAGACAAGUGUUACCAAGCCAUGAAUGGAUUGCAUAGUUUUCACAAAGGAUAAGUCAUGUUUAUACACCUAACAACUCUCACACAUUACAUAUAUGUUAGUCUCACGCCUGCAGACUAAAGACAUCAAUAUCACGCAUCAAGUACAAUUUCUCACACCUGACUCACAAAUCUAGAUGAAAUGUUCCUUAACACAUGAUUAAUAAGGAAAAUUCAAUUUCCCAAAAAUAUUCUAAAUUAAUAGGCACUGAAUAAUGACUUUGUGUUCCUUGAAAACUAAACAUGCUAAAACUGUCAUCUUCUGAAUAGUUUCGGAUGUGCUUAGUGGUUGUCAUACCCUGGGUGCCAGAGACUUUUCUAGCGCGGUUUCCAGUUUCUGUCAAGUCUUUAUAGUGACCCGCGCGAAAAGCCUCUGGAGCAGAGCACUAGUGCUUUGAUGGCGCACGAUCCAAUCGUUAGAACGGUUAAAUCAGUUAUUGGUCCAGAUUUUGGCCACAACAGCUGAUUGGCUCCUAACUACCGCCUGAGGGACUUAGAAUCUAACAGACGCUACAAUUGGUUGACAAGAAUAGACCAGCACGUGAAAGAAUAUUUCCAACUUUGCUGUUGACAUGACUGAAGUGUUGUGAUGGCAGCUUUGGAAAGCUUUGAAAGAGAAUGAUAAGCAAUGUACUAGAAGGACAAGUUAAAAGCUGUGAGCAAACAAGUGGAGUAUUUAAUUUUAUUCAACGCAAUUAACCUUUUAUCACCAAUUCAUCUUUUGUAGCAGUACGGUUUAAGCUUUACUAAUUUCCUAUUUCAAACGAUUACAACAUGUAUUGAAAUAGUUUGUAUUGAUGGAUAAUUUAGGAAUAUAAAAACAAAACAUGUAUUUUUAGUAUAAAAGGGGGGUCAGAAGGCAACACACAACUUUUACCUCAUACCAAAAUGCUGCUUGUUCCAAUGAAUUUUUUUCCGUGAUGGGUAGAUUAUGCUCUGGAGAAAAACGUUUUGACUGAGCAAAUUUGAUUUGUGCCGAUUAUUUCAUACUGAGAGGUCGUGACACGCAUAUUGAUUUUCUGCGGUUAUUGUGUCUGGUCAGCAUAUGAUUUGCCCUCUGAUGCAAGAGCAUUUUCUUUGACCUCUUUUGAAAUGUUAAGCUCUUCAAUGCGGCUAAAUAAGGGUUUUAGGUUGUUUAAUUUCUCCAAAGUGCCUCCUGGAUCUGAAUAAUUAUAAGCGAUUUUCUUUUUGUCCGUGAAAGUGACGGUUUCCUGCAAUGUUUUGUUAUGCUGGACCCAGCUCGUUUUUAGCAGGAUGUUCAAUUCUCACAGAUAGUGAUUUUCAGAUCCAAAUCUCGAAGAAUGGAUUGCAGCUUAAACUGAAGCUACAUCAACUAUGGAGAACUGCGAUGUGACCCAGUCAUGAUUGCUCUUAAUUAAGCAAUGAAUUUUAAACUCGAACUUGUUUUGCUAAACAUAAUGUGGGUCUUUGGACAUUUCUUCAUGUGCCAGCCCACAUGAUCACAGUUGGAGACUUUCAAUCUGUUUGGCGUAAAUGUAAUCUGAUAAAAAAGCUCAAAGGUCAACGGGGACGGUAAAAAGUUCCGCUCUGUGCCAGAGGUUUUUCUCGCGGCUUCGCCGCUCAUGGCUUCGGCCUACGGCGGAAGAUGUGUAUAUGUGUAUCUUCAGAUAUUUUUAGUAAUGUUUGCUGUGACGUUUCAGAAGUCCGGGUCAUGACAAGACAAAAAUCUCACGUAUUUGACUCAGAAAAAGUUGGCAGGUAUAUGUUUAUGUACAGUGCAGGGCUGUCACUAUGUUUUGAAGCAACCAUAGCAAAUGGAAGUUUACCAGUAACAUCUCACAAAAAAUGGGUUAUUCCAGAAAAAAUCCACACCCCCCCGACGGAUGGGGUCCUUUUUAACCCCCUCUCACCUGGAUUUCCUGAAGCACAAGACCCCCCCUCCCAACUGGAUUUCCAAGGUGGAAGACCCCCCCUCCCGCCUGGAUUUCCGGAGUCUUCGACCCCCCCUCCCGCGAGAAUUUCCAGAAUCCCAUCCGUCGGGGGGGUGUGGAUUUUUUCUGGAACAACCCAAUAUACAGUAUCUGUGUCGUCUUUAGCUUUCCACUUUGAUCACCCAUAAUAUCAAGUGAGCUCAACCACAACAGGUUUUAUGGGUUAUGGCCCUACAUGUAAAUAACAGCUCUGCAGUCUUUAUGAUUGCAAUACAGUUUAAGGUGACUUAUUGGUAUUUUAAAUUAUAAUGUUUUUGUAGGAUGAUGAGGAUGCAGUUAGGAUAGCUAAUGAAAUUGGUUACCCUGUCAUGAUCAAGGCUUCUGCUGGUGGUGGCGGCAAAGGAAUGAGAAUUGCUUGGAAUGAUGAUGAAACUAAGUGAGAUAUCUUGUCUAUUUUCAAUUACAUGCAACUCUUUUUUGGUAUUAUCACAUGUAUUGCUAAAUAGGAAUAAAAAAUUGGUCUCAUUUGUUUUCACCUAUGGAUCUUCCGUUAUAUAAUAAUAUGUCUGCUGGUAUGUCACAUUUGUAAACUUUACCUUAGUUUGCAGUAAGGUUAAUAUAAUUAUAUUAGAAGUAUAAGCCAUGAUAGUUUUUUUGUAGAAAUUUUGUUAGCCCAUGUUUGGAAUAAAUUGUGAAGAAACCAAUUACUAUCAGGGCUGUUCUUUGGCAGCACCAGGUGGCCCCUGGCUCCUUAGUUUUGCUCCUGGGCGACUAGUUCUAAAAUCUCAGUUUUUGCCACAUAUCAUAAACUUGGCACCCUAGAUUUCAAUGGCUCAGAGCAUUGGGCUCCCUACAAUAAUUAUUUUUCCGUUGAGCACAGCCUUGAGUAUACUAUCAUUUAGUAAUAAUUAUUAUUAAUGAUAAUUAUAGGAACUACCAGUAAAGCCUCAGGGGAUGUUAAGUUCUUCUUUUCCCUUUUUGCAUCCUUUUUAAACAUCUCCUUUUUUGUCGAAGUAAAAUAAUUAUUAUUUUGAAUAAAAUUAUCCUACUCAGGUGGAGAGAGACUGAAGAAAAUGAAUGGAAAGCAGAAAGUGGAUCUCUGAACUCUUCUUAAUAUAAAUCUCCUAUAUUGGAAGUCAAUUACCACACAUUACUUUAAUUCUUGAUCACCAUGCUGCAGUUAAGGUCUCGGUAAAUGAAAAUUUUAGUACAUUGCUCGAUUUUUUUUUUUUAUUAUUUUUGGCAUGAGUGGGUCCUAAAUUUUAUUUUGGUAGAAAAAGAAAACCAGAAAGUGCUUUUUAACCCUUCUAAAAUGAGCCUUUUCUGAGCUAACCAGCCAAGCGUGGACCUCGCGCUAAAUCUUUAGAGCUGAUUUUCUCUCACUCUAUUUUAGGCGCAAAAAUCAAAAUUCUCCGACCUCCAAUCGGGACAGGUUUUAAGCUAUCGCUUUGAAACUUUCAGAUAUGAUGGAUAAUGAUAUAGAGUCAAAAAGGCUGUGAGGAAUUUUCCGAUUUCCCUUUGUAACUCAUUUUAUGUCAGUUUCUUUGCGUAAAUCGCGCUCGAGAUUCGACUUUUUAGUUUGAGAUGCAAUAAUUCCGCUAAUACGAAACAUAUGCAAAUUUCCUCACACCCUUUUUUAGGUCUUUUAUCUGUCAAUCAGAUGCUAUAAAAAGGAAGUGAAUAUUUAACAACUCGAAAAGGGCUGGAGCUUCAACAGUAAACUUGAUACCUCUGAGUUCGAGAGCAAAAAACUUAAGCGCCUUUUGAAAUUCGAUGAAAUAAAAUCUUUUAUAAGGUAAUUUAGUCUUUUAGCUUUAAUUUGAUAUAUAACUUCCCUUUGUAGCGAAAAUACUCGCGCAACUAGAAUUUUUUUCUGUGGACACCUCGUUUUCCUUUACCGAGACCUUAAGUUUGUAUUGGUUGCACAGACUCCCCUAGAGGCAAAUAAAAUUUAUAGUGAGUUCUUGUUAUUAUUUUUUUUAAUCAGGGAAGGGUUCCGUCUCUCUUCUCAAGAGGCCAGUUCAAGUUUUGGAGAUGACAGAUUGUUGGUUGAGAAGUUUAUUGACAAUCCAAGGCAUAUUGAGAUUCAGGUGAAUAUUGACCCGUACCAGAAAUAUGAUUUAAGAACACAUGCUCUGGGUCACAAUUAUUAGCAGGAGUUCAGCGACAAUUCUAUCACUUGUAAAGGUUGCAUAUAUAACUGUGAUGAUCUUCAUUCAUACAAUUCUUCACUCCGCAGUUCACAUAAUGUGAUUUUCAUGUAUUCAUAAUUUGUAUUAUAGUUGUAUAAACUUGUAGAGCAUAUUAAAUUAAUGCACAAUUUCAGUUUGGCUCUCUGCCAUAGUAGCCUUUUUAGUAGUGAUAAGCGUGUUUCUUGGCCUAAUUUUGACCAUAAUUUUUGUGAGGGGAGCUGUCUCUCACAUAACAUUGUAAAUGAACAAUAUGUCUGGACAAAAUAAAUGCCAAAGACUACUAAGUUGAAUUUACCCUAGCAUGGUCUCAUCCAAAAAUGUAAUAUCCUUUAAAUAUUGCCAAACACAGAAAACUGUAAGGGAAGGUUGAUGCAACACAGAUCCAGCUCCCUCAACCCCCUCCCCAUCCCAUCCUUUGCACUGUGAGUCUGUUUGCCACAUCCAAGGGUUGUCUCUCUAUUGUGAAGAAGGCACUUAGUGGGUCGAAGAGUGAUUUCAAUUAAAGGAUUGUUUGAGUGAGAUAGGGCUUCAGUACAAUAUGUGAACAUACUCAGAUUGCUAUACAUGUAUAUGUGUUGCAAUAUCUUUUUUAUACUGAGUAUUGAGCACUUUUGUUCUUUUUUGCUUAAAAGGUUGUUGGAGACAAAUAUGGAAAUGCUGUAAGUUCCAGUUUAUAUAAUUAUUGUCUUAUCUAUCUGAAACGGUGAACAUUUUUGUCUCUGUAACAGACUCCUCUGUAAAACAGGCACCCAGAUUCAAUCCUUACCAUUCUUUGUUGCCAGUUUGGAUGACAGACAUUUUUUUGUUUUAAAAUAGGUUUAUGUCAAUGAAAGAGAGUGUUCCAUCCAAAGGCGAAACCAGAAGGUCAUUGAAGAGUCCCCCAGGUAAAAAUAUAAGAGCUAUAAGCAUGAUUUAUCCUCCCUUCUUGAUUACGCGAUACUUCACUUCAGUACCUAGAAUUAGUACAUGCUGAAGAAAAGAAAUUAGUCAUAUAGCUAGUCCUUUGAAUUUCAACAAAGAUGGGUUUAUUGCUCAGCAAGUGUGUUUCUUUAGUCAAUAUGCCACCAGAAGUUUUGCCCAAAAAUGCUCUUAAACUAGUUGAGCUGUUUUCUGGUCACCAUCUUGCUGGUGAGAAGCAAAACUGCACAAAGUUGAGAUCUUUGCUAACAUUUAUUCCUGCAGGCAAUAAAUGACAGUGUUUGGAGUUUGGCCAAGUGCAGAAGGGGAGAUUUCUAGAUACUAUUUGGACAAAAACAAGACAAUUCCCCCACUGGCUGUCAACUUUCUCUUCACCUCACUUCUUCCUAUUUUUCUGAACAAGUAAAUUUUACUUGGCUUUUUUAUGGUGGAAAAAGUUUUUCCAAACACACUAAGGAUCCUGAAAUAUCAUUUUGAAGGAAAUACAGAUCACAGUGGAACAAAAUUUCCUUUGGAAUUUUCUGUUGUUGGCUUUCAGGCAGUUUAGGUGUGAAUAUAUUUUGCUAUUCUAUAAUGUGACUAUGUUAGUUCUAAGACCUAAGCAGUCAUGUAAAUGAAUUGUUUGACUAAAAACUAGCAUUUGUUUUCUUGCAGUCCAUUUGUGGACCCAGACAUGAGAAAAGCCAUGGGUCAGCAGGCUGUAGCUCUUGCUAAGGAAGUCGGAUAUGACUCGGCUGGCACUGUCGAGUGCUUGGUUGACUCACAGAAGAAUUUCUACUUCCUGGAAAUGAACACUCGCUUGCAAGUAGAACAUCCCAUCACUGAGAUGGUAGCUGGAGUUGAUCUUGUGGAACACAUGAUCAGAGUGGCAGCAGGUACUGAAAUGCUUUUCCUUUUGACCAUACAUUCCACUUGGUGUCCAUGUUAUCCAUACGAGUAAAUUGAAUUGGACAAUACUUCAGGACCUGGUUGUGCAAGUCUUAAUUAACAAAUGGGCUCUGAGUCAAUAGCCCAUGAGGCCGAAGGCCGAAUGGGCUAUUGACUCAGAGGCCAUGAGGGUGAGUGGAAUAUUAUCAAAUCCAACUAGUUGGCCGAAAAUGUCAAGACAAAACAGCUUUAGGUAGCAAAACGUGAUUCGGACGCCAUUGUUUUGGUUUUCAAAGAGGGCGCUUUUCGCUACUAGUGGGCUAGUAUAUAGCUUAGUAGUAGCUCAACCAAUCAGAACGCAGCAUUGAUAGACCACUAGUUGGAUUUUACUAAAUAGUGAUAUCCACUGAAUAAAUGGCUAUCUAGCAGAUAAACUUUAGAGAAAGCAAUUGCACUUUCCAUUUGAUAGUGAUUCAUCCAGUAGACAAUGUUAUGCACCUUAGUAAUCAGCAAUUUAUUACCAACUUUUGUUUCUCCUUUUUUCAGUAAAACAAGCCUUUUGAAGCAUGCCUCAAUGAACCCUUCAUUGACCCUUUCACUCAUUCACCCCUGAACCACCCAUAACCACUUGUGCAGAUCCAUGUCCUCUCUCCUGCCUGUAACGUCAUCAGUUUUAACAGCCAGGGACAUUGUCAUCUAACUUGUGCCGGGUGAAAAGAUAUUUCAAACCAUACCAGAGUGGGCACGAUUCAGUCUAAUCAUCCCCUGAAAUCCUUACAAUGAGGUGCUGAAGCAACCGCUCCACAGACCGCUGCUUAAAUGCUUAACAAAGAACUCAAAGAUCCUAGCAGUGUACAAAGCAACAAUGCACCAUGUGAGCCUGCUCUUAUGGGAUUGACCGCUGUAUGCCCCCUAAGCUCGUAGACCGCUUGACCGCUAAGCUCGUGGACCCUCUGACCGCUAAGCUCGUAGAUCGCUUGACCGUUAAGCUUGUGGACCGCUUGACUGCUAAGCUUGUGGACUGCUUGACCGCUAAGCUUGUGGACCAGUUGACCACUAAGCUGGUGGACCGCUUGACCUCUAAGCUCAUGGACUGCUUGAAGCUAAGCUGGUGGUGGCUAGUUAGUUAAAUAACAUAUAACCAAAUUAAAUGCCAUUAAUUUUCUUAUUUAGCCUCUUGUCUUUUUAGGUCAUCCCUUGAGCAUCACACAGGCGGAUAUUCCAAUCAACGGCUGGGCAGUGGAAUGCAGAGUGUAUGCUGAGGUCUGACUUACUUUAUUUGAAAGAUUUUACUUUAAUUGUGAAUUAAUCUCCCAGUUCUUAGGGUUGGGGCUUGUACUAGACUGCAAAAAAGAAAAAAUGUCUUCAAUGUGUAAGAUUCUUUUUUCUUAUUGGUGAUCUAGCCUGCAAAAACAUCCGUUUCUCCUCGCUCUUCGCUGCUGGGGACGUUUCGCAAGGAGGAACGUCUGCGACUCAGCGACAGAAAUUCCAUACUGAUGACGCAAUCCAAUGUUUACAUAAUAAAUCCAGUAGUCUAUGGGGUUUCAAAUGCAAAUUUGUCCAAUUUUACGUGUCUUCUGGUCGAUUUUGGUAAAUUGUUGUGUUCAUCUGCCAACGAGCUCCAGCAAAACUCACGUGCUUCUUCUAGAGAAGACUAUAUUUCCACAAACAUUGACUGUUUUGUUCGAGAUUCUUCGCGUUUACAUUUGACCUUUGUGGCCUUUUGUCUUUUGUCUGUCAUUCGUAAACAAUAGCUAAAACGAUGUAACUACUUCGUCGACCAAUCAGCGCUUCUGACCAGAUUCCGGACAGAUUUUACGUCAUCAGUAUGAAAUUUCUGUCGCUGAGUCGCAGACGUUCCUCCUCGUGAAACGUCCCCAGCGGCGAAGAGCGAGGAGAAACGGAUGUUUUCGCAGGCUAAUUGGUGAUCUUGCAUCCAAAAAGUUUGUUCCUACAGUCUAUAGUGUAUUUUGUCCAUUAACAGGAAAAGGUUAAAGACCAAUGAAAUAUUUUUUCGUAGGAUCCAUAUAAGAACUUUGGUUUGCCAUCAAUUGGAAGACUGUACAAGUACAUUGAGCCAACUCAUAUUCCAAACGUAAGUAUUUUUUUAAGUCUGUUGUGUUUUCUUCCACCUCUUACAGGCUAUAGGUAAGUUUUACUAUUUUAUUGGAAUAACCUGCCUUGGAUGAGUAUUGAUUUUGAUUCUCAGGCUCUUGCUUCCACAAACAUAUAGACACUCAUUUGUUUUAUUUCAUCUUUCUGAGAAACUCACAAAACCGUGAACACCAGAAAUAUUUGUGGAAUGUUAUUGUGUUGCGAGAAAAAAGCCAACAAGGCAUGAGAAAGCUAAACCAAAAACAGCAACAGUAAUUAGUUUGUGUUUUUGAGGUUUGCUCUCAUGUCCUGAACUUUAUUGUGAUUGGUCACUACACAAUCAACAUCCCUAAAAAUUUUCAAAUAUUUAAAUGGUUUUCUGAGUUUGACACAGUAAUGCUGUGAGAGGGGGUGGGGAGGGAUUAUAAAAGGAUGGAUAAUCCCUAAAGGGGAACAGGGUCCCACUCAUCUGAUGUAAUUAAUAGAUCUUUUUCAAGUUAUAACUUUUUCCUAUUUAUUGUAGCUUGUAUUUUUUUGUUUCUUAAUUUUUUUUCUAGGUUCGUUGUGACAGUGGCAUUAUUGAAGGAAGUGAAAUUAGCAUUUAUUAUGAUUCCAUGAUAUCAAAGGUAUUGAUUUUUUGUGCACUGCUUUCCACCGCAAAAUGCAUGCAGCUUCCAUUUUCUUUCCACAGAAGAACUUUUAAUCACUGAUGAAAUGGAUUAUAUCACUCUUUGCUAUUUUUUUUGAAAGGCUAAAGCUAUUUUUGCAUCAAUAAUUGACUUCCAAAAACAACGGUCCAAUUUUUUUUGUAAGACUAUUUUCAGGCAUUUAUUUAAAACUGUUUCCUUGCAUUUGGUGCAACAGAUGGCAAGGGUGAACAUGCAUUGAAACGUAAAAAGUUUGGCCAGCUUUUUCAAGUUUAAACGUAGUUACUAUAGUUUAAAUGCUAUGCCUGAAGAAGUCACCAAUUUAAAAAAAAUCAUGGUUAGUUCUCCCCGAGGAAGUUGUUUGUUGUCUUCAUCAUAACUAUAACCUACUAAUAAAAAUACUGUCUAGAAAACUAGUCUAAAAAUCACACUAAAACUUAUUUAAAAUGUCCACAUUCCUUGUAUUAAUUAACACUAAAAUCAUCUAAAAAGUCAGCAUUCUUGUAAAAAAAGUUUCUAAACCCUCGAUUACAUGUGUGGACUGAUCAUAGAAUUUCAAAAGAUAUUCGUGUUCUAAGCCAAGAUAUGGCACUGGCAUAAUAUUCGCCAUUCUUCCGGGAAAGUUUGUCCGUAAGGUUGCUCAGGAAGAGUUUGCACUCUUUCCCCAUUCCCCCGUUCAUGUCAGAAACCAGGGGGGUGAACUAUCUCAUUUCCACGUCAAUAACUCUUUGUUGGUACUUCCUUUUCUUCUCUUUGUCAUGCUACAGGAAAACUUUGCAUUUGGGUAAUGGCAUAAAGUAGUAGUCCAUUUUACAGUUACAGGUGCAAACAAGGCUGGAGUUGACCUUGUUUUGAUACAACCCUUCCCCAUGUUGCUCUUAUGCUAACUAGCUCGUAUUUUUUAGCGUGAUUUUCAUAAGAAAAGGAGAGAAGUUUGUAUCAAAACAAGGCCAACCUCAGCCUCACACAGAGGCUAGGGAGCUAAACUCAUGACUGUAAAAUGGUCUAUAACUUUGACACAGAAUUGGCCUGAAACAGCGAUAUCCUCUUGAUACAUCCCCUGUAAAGCUUAAUAACCAGUGAUUUGAGUAGUUUCAUGAAGUUAUUGCCCAUUCUCAGUCCCCUAUUUUUCCGUAAGAUCGUUGAGAUUGAAGUCUUCGCGUUACGGUUGGCCAUCUUGGAUGAGUGUGAACUCUGGAUACCCACCCGCUCGGUACUUAUGAAACCAAUAUGGUCGCCCAUACCAGUAAGCUCUCGAUCCUUACAAGCUUACGAAAAAAAAUAGAGGACUGUGAACAGUGUACCUUUUUUUUUUUAAAUUAAUUUGCCAAAGUCUGUUUCUUUUUGAAAGCUUGCAACUCAUGGAGCCACAAGAAAUGAGGCCCUUGAUACGAUGAACAAAGCAUUGGACUCCUAUGUUAUCAGAGGUAUUAGCUCUGUCAUAUUUGUUGUCUUGCGUAGAUGGCGGGAUUUAUCACACACAAUAAAUUCAUUUUACAGGUGCUCUCUGUUGUUUUAGUUUAGGCUCUUAUGCCUCAGCAAGACUGGGGACGAGUGGGGACUGUGUGAAUCUCUUAAUUUUGAGGAUUUUCCCUUGCGGAUUUGCUGCUCACUACGCACGGCAUUAUGCAUGUAAUAAGACAAUAGGGAGCUUAAGCAACAAUAUCAGUGACAGAAACGAGGACGUCAAAAAAGUAGUAGAUAUGUUGGGCAAAGCAACAACUCUGCAUGUGCAUCACACUUACUUUGUACAUUUCCUUGUUAUGCUACACGACUGCAACUUGAAAAUGCCUAAUUUUAAGUUUUAUAGAUUUUUCCUUCCCUUGAAUGUGGUCCCCAAGUUAAUUCUAGAGAAAUUCGCCCACAUUUGACGUGUUCAGUGAAUUGGAAUAAAUGCGACAAAGUUUUAAAAAAGGCGAAUUUAUUUUAAAAGUGACGUUUCUGCUGCCAUCACCAUCGUCAAUGCUAAAGCUCCCUAAUAAUAUUCCCUCAAACCCUACCCCACCUUAUCAUUUCUGGGGCAGAGGGAGGGGGGAUAGGAGAAGAGAGAGAGAGACAAGGGGAGACCGCUCGACGAUAUACUCUCCCCUAACCCCUAUGGAAGGCCUGAUACUCAGGGCAACCCCACCAUUUUCGGACUUUUCGGUAAAAAUUAAUUAUUAUUUCCAGAUUGAUAAUGGUUGUCCUAUUUGAGAAAUUAUUAAUCCCUCUGCAAGUAACAUUUUCUUGUUUUAUCUGCGUCACUUCUACCCUCACCCCACCCACAUCCCGCUUAAUUCCCCCUCCGCGGCAGGUUUCAGUGAUCUCUAUGGUGGAGUUUGUAAGCGAGGAGCAGGGGUGUGGGUGGGGGUUGUUGGGCACAAUUAUUCAUGUCUAUUUAUACAGCUAUUUCAGGAAAGGUUGUCGGAAAAUAUGUGCACUCGAUAAUCCCGAAAGAUAAUAUGGGAUAUGCUCAAUACACUGUUCCUGACACUGUAGCUGUCGAACCUACUUUUGUUGGUCUCUCAAGCAUAGCCUCUCAUGCCUCUCAUGCCAUUCUUUCAAAUUUCUUUGAACAACAGUGAACUCAAAACCACCCACAAUACCUUUCGGGAUUGUCGCGUGCACGUUCUCGAAAUAGCUGUACAUUUAAGGGGUGUUUAAAUAAUGUUAAUUUGAUAUUUCAGGAGUGACAUACAAUGUUUCACUGCUCCGUGAUGUCCUGAAUCACCCUAAAUUCCGUCUUGGUGACAUAACCACUAAGUUUCUGCCACAGGAGUACCCAAGUGGGUUUAAAGGUAAGGGUGUGAAAGUAGUCAACAUUUCAUAAUUACUGUAAAUCCUCUAUGAAGCCCAGCAAGGGGGGGCUUAUUUAUUUCAAGCACGUUUUAGGCACCGAGAGCAUUAUUUAAUUUAGCGAAACUGGGCGCCACACUGCUUUUUCAAACAACCUGAAAAUGGUAUCAAUUCUCCAUGAAAACUAGAACACAAAGUGGAAAUGCUUAAGCACAUGAAGUUGGAGGUCAUGCAGCUGAAAAUCAAAAACUAAUCCGAACUCCCAGCACGUGAAUAACCAUACUGGAUCAGUCCACAUGAUUGAACAUGAAGUGUUACAGUCAUGAUUAAUUAACACACUCUAUUAAUUAUUAAUUUGGUUGUGAAGAAUAAGGUGACAGGAGAUGUGGGGAAGGGGGUGCUUAAUAACUUUCUUCCUCUGAAAAUGGAGAACUUUAUUAGAGAGGGGGUCCCUCUUGUGUUCUAAAGUAUUAAGCCCUGCAGAUUUUGCCCUUUAAACAAGUGUUCUGACUGAUACAGUUAUUUUGAAGUUGCCUAAAAAGUUGACAUUUUUUGACACCUGAGAGUAUUGACCACUCGAAAAUAACAACACCUAUGGCUGCUGUUCUCGGUCACGUGGGUCGAAACUGUAUGCUAGUAAGCUGGGCUGCCUGUGUUGACAAUGUCAGUGUUAAUUCCUGAUUUACUUUGGGAACCGUACUGUGGUAAGCUGGGUUGCCUGUGUUGAUACUGUCAGUGUUACAACCCCUGCUUUACUUUUGAAACUGUACGGUUGUAAGCUGGGUUACCUGUGUUGUCACUGUCAGUGUUGCGAGUCUUGAUUUAUUUUCCAUUUUUGCAUUUGUUGCAGGACAUCAGUUGACUGAACACGAGAGAGAUGAAUUAUUGGCUACUACUGCAUAUUUCUUUGUACAAAGAUCGUUGAGGGCUAAAACAUUUAAAAACCAGGAAAAGUAAGUUGAGCUCAAGUAGGUGAAAGAGAAAGGCCGUGUGAUUACCUAUACAAAUGUCCCUGUUGACAAGUAAGCCCCACAACAAAGAGCUGGAACCUUAAAGUAAGCACGUGAAGGAACUUACUCCAAUUAAUACGGUAAACAUUUGGCUUCUAUUUUAGACAAAAUGCGGUGAUUAAGAAGGAACAGUCUUGGGAUCUGAUGAUAACCUUGAACAAAGAGGAUUACCCCGUCAUUGUAAAGGCAAAGCCCGAUGGAGGUUUCAAGGUACACUAUAAUUAUUUCUUUCAUUGUUAUUUUUCAUGUUUUGGUGGGAUCCUUGGCCUUCGUAGAUUGGGUACACAAUUUUGCUCAUGUUUUUCUAUGGUUGGCUGUGGACAGACCCCUCGCACUUGCAUCUCCUAUCAUAUGCGGCAGUCACUUGACCUCUCACGACUCCCCCAAAAGAAGAGCUUGCUCCCAGGCUAUGGCUUUACAAGCCUUGAAUGCCAUUUGUGCAAAACGUUACAGUGGUAUGUGUCGCGGAUGGACGUCUAAGCUACAAAAGACUUUGAACAGAGGUUUUAGGAUAGCUAUUACAGGCUAUACCUAUGGUGCUGCCCUGCUCUGUUGUGUGUUUCUGUGUCAUUGAUGUCAUGCAAAGCUAAUUUUUCUACACAAUGUCAGCCUUGUUACAAUGCAAGCAUACACAGAAGCAAAAUUGGCAAACGUAGCAACUUGUUGACAAUAGACCUUUUUCAAAAAUUCCAUAAUAUUCUUUUUUGUCCCUCCAAAAUUUUAGCACAAGGAGGACUUACAAUCUUCCCAAGAGAAAUUGAAAACAAUGCUUAUGCAAAAUCUUAGAGGGACAACAAAGAGUAUCAUGGUAUUUUUGAAAAAGGCCUAUUAUUGGUAACUUCAUCCUAAUGUGAGAAGCUUAUGGUCAGCAUGCAUCAGCACAUCUUACAUGUGCUUACACAUGCAUCAUUUUUGUAGACCCUCCAUUAAUUUGAAUUGCAUGUAACCAUGUUUUCUACACCAUUACGUAAGUCAUUGAUCCCCUUCUGCUGCCUUUGCUCAUCUCUGUGAAAGAAGUGCAGUGAGGUCCACAUUAAUACACUGAUAAAAGCGCUCUGUGAAUUUUAAAACUACUUACAGGCUAUCUGAUCCAAUGUUUGGUCAUUUCAGGUUACUGUCGAAGGCCGCUCUGUGGAUUUCAGUACUACUUCCAAGUUAUCUGAUCCUGUGUUUGAAGCAAGAGUCAAUGGAAACACCGCAUUAUUGCAGGUAAGAAUAGAGCCAUGUUCUUUUAAAGAUGACAUCAUUAGCAAUAUUUCCCAGGGUGCCUUGUGUACUGCCACUCACACACUCACACACUCCUAUAAUGUGAAUGUGAGCUGAAAGGCAAAUUUUAUAUUGUUUGAUAACGUUUCCAGUUGGUCAUGCAGUGUCUCAUCCGAGUAUCCCAAACAGCAAAGAGUGAGUUAAAACAACAAAGCGUUGCCGAGUGGUUUUAGACUAACUUCGAGGGUUUUUUCAUAUUGGGACAGGGGGGGAACUGCAUUGAAGCCAGGAGAGGGUUAAAUUUGCUGUUGGUUCUCUUCCUUGUUCCAAGAGGUUUUUCUCCUUCAACUGCGGUUUUCUCCUUUCCCCAGAAACCAACAUUCCAAAUUCCAAUUAUCAAAUUGGAACAAUUUUCCGUGGACUGUACUCUUAUCAACCAUAGAAAUGACAUCAGAAUGUUCAAAACUCAAGUGGAACCAUGAGUCGCAGGCGAGUUGUUUCGCUGCAAAGUGAAGUGGAAAAAGAGAAAACAAACUGCGCCACCAUCACGUUAUUUUCAUUGUCUGUACUCCCAUUGACCAAAGGUUUCGACCAAUCAGCCCUUGAGAAAUCACUCAGUUAUUGUAAAAUGUGACCUCAAAGGUGUCUUCAAUUAGUUGGGGACACUUAGAAGGCCACAGGCUUAUCGGUUCUUGGGAGACUGAGUAAGUGUGGUACAUUGGUGCGAUCGCCUCCUACCCAUGUCGCCUGGGUCCAAGUACUGGCGUUGACAUCAUGUGUAGGUUGAGUUUGUUGUGCAUUCUAUUCCUUGUUCCGUGAGGUUUUUUCCAUCUCAUCUCCCAUCUCCUAAAAAACCAGCACUUCCAGUUUAAAGGACGAUUCGAUCUGGAACGCACAAACACUUUCAAACUAGCCCUUCAGAGUUUUUUCUUGAACUUACAAAUUACAUUACAUACGAUGAAGGGAAACUCAGUGGAGUGUUCGAAAUAGCUUCUCGAAUGAUAAAUAGUUCUGUAAGAAACUCUAUCCUAGCAGCAUAAUCAAUCCUACUCAUUCAAAAAAAACUUUUUCAGGCCAGUUUAAAUGACUUUUGAGGUGGCACAUGCUAGCUACAGCUUGCCUGAAUGGCAAGCUGUAAAGCCUUAAACCUUAUGAACGAUAGCAACUGUCUUUUUUAUCCUCUUAUAUUACACAUGAUGGUUUGACAAGUUAGUAUCAAGCAAUCUUCUUUUUCUUGCAGACAUUAAAGAAGGAAGGGAAUCUGUUUAAAAUCCAGCAUUAUGGAACAACGGUAGGUACUAAAUGAAAAGGGCCUGAUGCAAAGGGAAUAUCUUUCUUCAGGAAGAUUUACAAUCCGUGUUCUUUUUGUCAUAGUACAAGCUCAGAGUACACACACAAGAUCAGUACGAAUACAUGAAGUACAUGCCGGAGAUUAAAGAGGUAUGGGAAAUUUAUAUUUUUCUUCUUCUACUGCCUCCCCUGUUCCUGUCAAAAGUAGAGCAAUGCUGGUGAGAGCUGAUGGAAUAGCUUGUUUUCUUGAGAGGUUUAAUUUGGUCCCUUAGAGUUUUAGCGAGGGCUACAUCUGAUAUCGGUACAUUUUGGGUAAACAAUGGAGGAGGAAAGUAAAAAAUGGAACCCAUCCCCAAAACAAAAGAGGCGUAACGUAUAGGGGUACAGUGAAAUUAGACGUUUUAAAGUGGUGCGAGGCCGCUGUUUUAUGACAGUGAUGAAUUUGACGUAUUUGCUACUUAACCUACCUACUACUUAGUAGAAAGCUUUAGAUUUUAAGACGAGUGCGACUACGAGUGCGAGAUUUUCUCAGUACUAAGUAUUGCACGCGCGUGAAACCAGCGUCAUUUUGGCGGGAAAACGUAAUAGCCGUCGCCAUUCUACGACGAGUUUUAGCGAUAAUGUCGAAGUGGCGAAAACAAGUUAUCAAAUGUCAGUUAUGAAGACAUCAAGGGACUUGCAUUGAGAUCUAUUAAUAAAUCCUGUGUACUUGAUCCUCUGCCUGCAGUGGUAAUGAAGGAAUGUUUCAAUUUACUAACUCCUGUGUUGACUAACAUAGUGAAUACAUCUUUAUCUACUGGAGUUAUGCCUGAUGUCUUGAAGAUUGCAGCUGUGACACCGACUUUAAAGAAACAUAAUGCUGAUUUCACUAAAUAUGAAAGUUUUCGACCUAUUUCUAAUUUGAAGUUUGUGUCCAAGCUUGUGGAAAAAGCGGUAUGUGUCCAGCUUACAGACUAUAUUACAUCUAAUGGUCUUUCGGAAACGUUUCAAUCCGCAUACAAGUCAUUUCACUCCACUGAAACGGCUCUACUGAGGGUUCAAAAUGACAUUCUUUGUGCUUUAGAUCGUAAUGAGUCGGUCAUACUGGUACUUUUGGAUCUGUCGGCGGCGUUUGAUACGGUGGACCAUACUCUUCUAGUGACAAGGCUGUCUACUUGUUUUGGUUUUCAAGGAACUGUGCUUAAGUGGCUGAAAUCAUACCUGUCUUCACGUAAGCUGUUUGUUAAACUUGGGAAUAGUCAUUCUUCACAACGUGCAUUGAAGUGUGGUGUCCCUCAGGGAUCAGUUCUGGGCCCUUUGUUGUAUUUGUUAUACACAUCACCUAUUGCGGACAUAAUAAAUGAUCAUGGACUAUCAUACCAUCUAUAUGCUGACGACACCCAAUUAUAUAUUACCUUUAAAUCUACCAGCUUGAAUGACAUCCAACAAGUGAAGUUGAGAGUGGAAUGCUGUGUGAGGGACAUUGAUGAAUGGAUGAUAAGAAACUAUCUUAAACUAAACCAGGACAAAACGGACCUUGUAGUCAUCAGUUCCAGAUUCCAUCCUAUGCCUGACAUCGGUCACAUUACUGUUGGUUCUGAGUGCAUUGCACCUCGUGACUCUGUUCGUAAUUUAGGGGUUCAGUUUGAUAGCAUAUUUAGUUUUGAGGAGCACAUUAAGAACAUUUGUAAAUCAUCAUUCUAUCAUAUGAGAAAUAUUGCUAAAAUCCGCAAGUACUUAAGCCAAGAUACAUGUAAAAUCUUAGUCCAUGCAUUUAUUAGUUCGAAACUUGAUCACUGUAAUUCCUUAUUACAUGGCCUUCCUAAGUAUCUGUUAGCUAGACUACAGGCAGUUCAGAAUGCUGCAGCUCGUGUUGUCACAUUGACACCGAGGCAUGUUCAUAUAACUCCUAUUUUAAUUAAUCUUCAUUGGUUACCAGUUGAGUUUAGAAUAACUUUUAAAGUCCUUUUAUUGGUAUACAAGGCCCUUCAUGGCCUUGCACCUUCUUAUAUUUCUGACCUUUUGAAUUUUAAAACAUACUCUAGGUCAUUGCGUUCUUCAUGUAAAGAAUACUUAGUGGUUCCAAGAAGCAGAUUGAAAACAUAUGGAGACAGAGCUUUCUCUAUUGCAGGACCUAAAUUGUGGAACGAUUUACCUCUAGAGAUUAGGAAAUGUGCUUCAGUGGCGACUUUUAAGCAAUCCCUUAAAACUUUUUUAUUUAAGUUAGCAUAUAGGUUAUGAGAUUCCUUUUGUUUUGAGAUGUUUUUGAUUUAUAUAGUAGAUAACUUAGGCUAUAUUUGAAUUAUAUUGUAUAUUGUAGAUAUUUUAGAUUUUAGAUUUUUUAUAUUUUAUUUUGUAAUUAGGUAGCGCUUUGGACAAUUAUUGGAUUUUAGCGCUAUAUAAAUAAAAUUAUUAUUAUUUUAUUAUUUAAGUUUUAUCAUUUUGCGAUCGGAAGAGGGCGUUACCUCCUUCACUAAAGGUAACAGUGCUAACUUUUUUAGUGAAAAAUGGUAAAAUGAAGCUUUUCGGGGAGUCUGUACUUUGAGAAUACGCCAAAAAAAUUCAAGUUAAAUCUCGUAUUCGUAGUCGCUCGCGUCCUAGAAUCUAAAGGUCUCUACUUUGUUGUAUAAAAACAUGAUAACAAAUGCGAAAAGAAAGGCUGGGAAAAUUUAGGCUUGCCGGGAUUCCAACCCUGACCUCUGCGAUACGGGUGCAGCGCUCUAAGAGGUCAAGAUAAAAUCCCAGCAAGCCUGAAUUUUUUUCAGGCGUUCUCUUUUCGCAACUGCAUAAGUUGCGUAUUUAAGUGUGAUGAUCUUGUCUGCAUAGACCUUUCCCGCAUUCCUGCAAACAAAAUUAAAGGCAUCAAGUCAAGGCUCGAGUGGAGGAAAUACAGUGAUUUGUCUCGACCUCAUUUCUUUAUGCUUGCUCACUGGAGCAGAAUGCGGGCAAGGUUUAUUUCUUUAAAUUUUUUGUCCUUUUUACCUUAAUAGACCUUGUCACGGUUUUCGACGCCAUAUUGACGAGUAGGCAAACGUGUGAGAAAUUACAGUGUUUGUAGGAGAAUCUGAUGUCGAAUAAUUUCCGUAGAAUGGCUGUUCUGAACAAAAUGUCAAUUGUAAACUAAAGCUACAAAGCAAAGGAUUGCCCUAAAAAAAUUGGGGGGCAUACCUGUGCUUAAAUUUCUCCAGAGGCUUGCUUUAGAUUUUCCAUAUAUUUGUCUCCAAUUUUCCCGGGACUUUCUUACAGACAACUGUAUAGAAAAUUUUAAAAAGUGGUUCUAGGUCUUCUAGUGCAUGUAAAGCCCUCAAACUUUUUCAGGAGAAUCCUUAGGAGUGAAGCUUUAGUUUACAAAUCAUUUUUUUUUUCAGAACAGCCGUUCUAUGGAAAUUAUUCCACAUUAGAUUCUCAUACAAUCACUGUAAUUUCUCAUGCGUUUGCCUACUCGUCAAGAUGGCGUCGAAAACCGUGACAAGGUCUAUAUUUGGAGAACCCUCUUUGUCUUUCAGAAAGCAUAGGGAGAAGAGUUUGAGACUUACAGACUCUCUUGUCUGCUUUAUACAGGUUUCACUGAAUAUUGAUAUUGUGGAUAAUUAUUUUCCUCAUCUAUAACUUUUCAGGAGGACAUGUCUCCAUUCCUCAAGUCACCCAUGCCUGGCACAGUGGUGUCAGUUGCUGUCAGUGUCGGAGACGAGGUAAGUCAUGUCAACCUAAACAGUUAACUCUUCGUUAACCUUUAAGGGAAGAUGUCACCAAGAGUCAGCUUUACUUGAAAACCUUAUAAACACCUCAGCGGCCGAAGCUGCUAUUGCGUCCCACGAACACGUUCUCAGGGCUUCGUCUCGUUUUUCUUCCCCAAGAAGAUGACCGCGUGACGAGCCAAAAAAAAACGUUUGCUUGGGAGGUUGAAGCUGCUACGACUAAAACUUAUAGUCCAACUUUUGAUUGCUCUUUAUUUUGCCGUAACAUUACUUCCAUCCUAUUUCUUGUAAACUUAUCUUCCGCACAAGGUCAGUUGUAGCCUCUUUUUUAAGUAACCUCUUCCUGUUCAACGUAGCCUUCGUGGCAGACGCCGGUUAGUUUUUCUUCGGCGUUGGUUGUUAUAGAGCGCACGAGCGCGCACUUUUUUUCUCCUCCUUCUGCGCGAAAUCUCGAAAUUUCUCCCUUGGCCCUUAAAUAACGGCGCCUGUUAUGGUUCCAACGCCAGUACUCAAGACGAAGGUUUAUCUACAAUUAACAGAAUUCAUUUCGUUUUUGUUUCUUCAUU